UGUUCUUGCUAGUGUUCACAGCUUUUGAGGAUUUUAUUAAGAGAAAGUUUACAAUGUCUUUUUAUCAUUGCAUUUUUUCUGGGUUGACUAGCUGACAACUGUUAUAUAUUUCUUUAUUUGUUCCAAUUCGACGUGGAUAAGAUAUUGUGUGGACGUAUUUUUUUCUAUGUGGAAUCUGGAUCUUGCUGUCACUCGUGAAUAGUACUCUUAUUUAUUAAUGUCUUGAUUCAUUAUUAUUUCUUGACCAAGGAUUGUUUUUCCCUCUUCGAAUUUUAAGUUGUGUAAUUUUUUGCUUUUUUUCCCUUUGGCUGCUUUGAACCACCAAUGCCAUGGUGGGAUUUAAGAUCUGUUUUCUUUUUCAAGAAUUUCAGAUGCCUUACGGAGUCUCAGGUUCGUUAGGGUGUAAGUUGCUCUGUUCUUUAGUCUUCACGAUGUCCUUUCCAGCUUUUGCUUUCUUUCUGAUGUAAUGUCAUUUUUAUACUUCCUUUUCUAAAUGAAAUGGACUCUCUUCUAUGUCUGCUUCUCCAUUGAAAAGCAUAUCUGAAGUUCUAAGGUUCGAAAGGUUACCUUUGGUUAUUAUUGAAGAGUACCAAUUAAAUCUAAACUUGUCCAUUCCGUGCAAAGUUUAGGAUUAAUCCAAAUGCAAUAACCAAGUAAUGUUUCGGGCAAACAACAUAAAUCCCGACAGUUUGGAACUUAAUUACAGAAUAUCCCAACAUUUUGCAUAAUUACUGAAAUUUUUUAUUUUAGGUCUGUCAAGGUACAUAAUUAGCUCCCGAUACAUACAUUUUUUCCUUUAUAAAGAUACAUAAUCAGCUCCCGAUACAUUUUUACGAUUUUGGGUCUGUCGAGAUAGUAAUACAUCCAACAAAGAUACAUUUUCCUUGUAAAGAUACAUAAUUAGCUCAACAUAGAUUUUUUCCUAUUUUGGGUCUGUUGAGAUACAUAAUUAGCUACCUACCGAUACAUACAACGAAGAUACAUAAUUAGUUGGGAUUUUUGUAAUUACUACUUUGUAAGGAUGAGGAUUUGUAUAAAUAUGGUAAGUUAAGGUGUAUCUUUAUGUUAUUAUUAAUAUUUCACGUACUUUGUCCUUCAUUUUUUGUAUGAUUAUUUGUGUUAUUGUUGUAUUGUGCCUAUAAUUUGUUCAAUAGACUACUUAUUUGCAGAUAUUUAUCGGUUGAUUUUCGUGUCUUAUCUAAGCACGAGUUUGAAUGAGACACGGACUGUAGUAGUUUCAAGUCUUAGACAAGCAUGAGUCUAAAUGAACUAUGGAUUGUAGUAGUUGCACCAACUGAAUGCCGAAAUACCACUUAUAAUAACGGAUCAAGUCAAAGGUCGGAAACUUCUGCUGGAUUUUCUCAACUGUUUCUGCCGCUGAUUGCAAACAGGAAAAACCAGCAGGGCAGAAUGAGGGACGCCCAGCCUGGAUCACACACUGUGAGGUCUCAUGCUAUGACAGUGAUAUCACAUACUGUGAGGUCUCAUGGGAUAAUGGUGGCAAGGACUCAUUUGAAUGACUGGCUGAUAUUAGUACUACUUUUGGCAAUAGUUAUCCUGCUGAAUGCUAUCCAUCCGUUUUAUCGGUUUGUCGGGAAAGGCAUGAUGGAAGACCUCAAGUAUCCUUUAAAAAGUAAUACUGUACCUAUUUGGGCUGUGCCAGUGUAUGCUGUUCUGCUGCCUAUGUUUGUUUUUCUGCUCAUUUAUUUUCGGCGAAGAGAUGUCUAUGACCUUCAUCAUGCCAUAUUAGGGCUUUUGUUCUCUGUUCUGGUAACAGCCGUUAUCACAGGUGCUAUAAAAGAUGCAGUUGGACGGCCCAGGCCAGACUUCUUCUGGCGCUGUUUUCCAGAUGGAAAAGAAGUUUACGAUAAAUGGGGAGAUGUUGUAUGCCAUGGUGACAAAAAUGUUGUUAAGGAGGGGCACAAGAGUUUUCCAAGUGGGCAUACCUCCGUGUCCUUUGCUGGUCUUGGCUUUCUAUCACUUUAUUUAUCUGGCAAGAUACAAGCUUUUGACUGUAGAGGACAUGUUGCGAAACUGUGUCUCGUGUUAUUUCCUCUUCUUCUUGCAUCUAUGGUUGCCAUUUCUCGGGUGGAUGAUUAUUGGCAUCAUUGGCAGGAUGUGUUUGCUGGAGGUCUAAUUGGUUUUACAGUUGCAGCAUUAUGCUAUUUGCAGUUUUUCCCACCACCAUAUCAUGAUCAAGGCUGGGCAACCUAUGCUUACUUCCGUGCCCUGGAGGAGUCUCGGGGAGCUGCAGAAGCUGCUAAUAGAGCUAAUGCCAAUACAGAUAAUACACGCUGCACAGAGAUUCAAAUAGAAAGUCGUCAGAACGAGAGAUCCAACAACACAUUGACAGGCAUUUCUUUAUCCGGGGAUUCUGGUCCAACCGUGGAAGAUCUAGAAUCUGGGAGGAGGUAGUUUAACUUGAGGCAAUUGAUAGUUAGAAUGGUUCAUACAAACACUGCUGCGGUACAUGCUUGGGAUUGCACAAAUCACCUCUUUUGAAGAAUAGAUACAUAGGAUAGACUAGAUUUCAUUCUUGCCACACUGACACUAUUCACAAGGCAUAUGCUUUUAAACAUCCUAGAUAUAAAAAAAUUGUCUUUUCUUUCUUAUAGUUGUAGUUGCUCCCACUGCGAAUUGGGGAGAUGUAUGAUACUGUUACAUGUAACACCAGUUUAGAGAGAGCAUUUUUGUGAGGCGUGGAUACAAUGUUGCAACUUGUAAGCACCAUGGGAGAUUUAUAACAAAAUUACCUUUUCAUGUUA